AUGUCGUCGGUUAAAGUGAUAAUUCUAUUGCAUUUAUUAUCUAAAGUCAUCUGUGAUAAUAUUGAUAAUUUAGACAUAGAUGUAUAUAAUGAAAACGUAUUUGACUCCAAAAAUUUGCUUAACGACAACGUCAAUUAUGUGUUGCCAAAACUUUUGAGAGAAAGCAAAUUUAAUUCCGAAAUUAUUAAAAACCCGGGCCGUAAUGAUGACACUGUAAAUUAUUACGAAGACAUAACUAUAUUGGACGAUGAUGGACAGUUAAAGAAUUUAAAAUACAAGUCUGCGGAUAUCGCAAAGUCUCAAUUGCAGAAAUUUGUCAAUAGUGACAUUCGUUUGACUAAAGUGAGUGACAAAGUGAACCAAAUUGAAGUGCCAGUGACGAAUUCUGACAAAGUUGAACUAAAAGUUCAAAGUCAGAAGCCGAAAUUUUUUGACGAAUUGGAUACCUUUGAGACUAUCGACUACCAAGAGGUUCGCGCGUCUUCUAAGUGUGAGCAAUGCUAA